UUCAAUAUAUCUUUAGCCAGAGGGAUUUGAACUUGAGGCAGCGGAGAUGGCUUGAGUUUUUGAACGAUUAUGAUGUGACCAUUUUGUUUCAUCCAGGGAAGGCCAAUGUUGUGGCUGAUGCUUUCAGUAGGAAGACUCCUAGCAGGGGAGUCUUGCAUCUCUUAGUAUUGAGGAGAGAUCAUUGACUAGAGAUCUGCAGAUAUUAGCUAACAAUCUUGUUCGCUUGCAAAUUUCAGAAGAGAUUGAUGGGAUGAUUGCUUUUAUUGAGGCUUGAUCUUCUUUAAUCGAGUAGAUCCGUGCGCACCAGUUUGAUCAUGAGAAAUUAUGUCUCAUUCGAGACAAUGUAUUUACAGGGGAAGCUAAGGAGGUUGUCCUUGAUUCUGAUGGUGUCUUGAGGAUCGAAGGCAGGAUUUGUAUGCCCAAGACAGGCGAUUUGGUUAGAUUGAUUCUUGAGGAGUCUCAUUGUUCUCGAUAUUUCAUCCAUCCAAGAGCAGGGAAGAUGUAUCAUGAUCUGAGUCAGCAUUACUGGUGGUGUGGGAUGAAGAGGGAUAUUUCAUACUUUGUUUUGAGGUGUUUGACUUGCCAGUAGGUCAAGUGUGAGCACCAGAGUCCCGAGGGUGUAUCUAAGAGGAUGCCUAUUCCUACUUGAAAGUGGGAGAGGAUUACUAUGGACUUUGUUGUGGGUUUGCCAACCACAGUGGGUGGUUAUGACUCCAUUUGGGUUGUUGUUGACAGGCUGACAAACUCUGCCCACUUCAUUAUGGUUCUGAUGAAGUAUACGACAGAGAAAUUAGUCGAGCUAUAUAUCAGUAAGAUAGUGCGACGUCAUGGAGUUCCUGUUUCUAUCAUAUCAGAUCAAGGUUCACUAUUUACUUCUCACUUCUGGAAUUACAGCAUGGUCUCGAUACCCAUUUAGAUAUGAGUACAACCUUUCACCCUAAGACAGAUGUUCAGUAUGAACGGACGAUUCAAGUGUUGAAAGAUAUGCGCUGAGCGUGUGUGAUCGAUUUCGGAGCUAGAUGGGAUUGCCGUUUACCCUUAGUGGAGUUUGCCUACAAUAACAGUUAUAACUCUAGUAUCCAGAUGUCCCCAUUUGAGGCUUUAUGUGGCAGAAGGUGUAGAUCUCCGAUUGGUUGGUUUGAUUCGGCGGAGAUGGACUCUUUGGAUACAGACUUGCUCAGAGAUGCUAUGGAGCAAGUCUGUAUGAUUCACUAUAGACUAUUGACAGCUCAGAGUUGACAGAAGAUUUAUGCAGACCGAAGAGUUAAAUCCUUUGUAUUUAUGGAGGGUGAUCAUGUUUGGCUCCGAGUAUCACCCAUGAAGGGUGUGAUGCAGUUCGGAAAGAAGGGCAAUCUUAGUCCUAGAUUCAUUGGACCUUUUGAGAUUUUAAGCCGAGUGGGAGAGGUGGCAUAUAAGUUGGCCUUGCCACCUAUUUUGUCGGCAGUUCAUCCUGUUUUUCAUGUCUCUACACUUCGGAAGUACAUUCCGGAUGAAUCUCAUUUGCUUUCACUUGAUUCUGUGGAGUUGGGUCCAGACUUGACAUUUGAGAAGGAGCCUAUAACUAUUUUUGAUAGGCAAGUUCAAAAGCUUAGAACCAAGGAGAUUGCUUCAGUGAAGGUGCUGUGGAAACACCAAUUUGUGGGAGAGGCAACUUGGGAGACAGAGUCUGACAUGCGUGCUAGAUAUCCACAACUUUUUGAAGCUUCAUGUACUUUAUUUCCCCUUACGUUCGAGGACAAACAUGAUUUUUAGUGGUGGAUAAUGUAAUGACGUGAAAUAAUUUUUUUUUGAAAUUAUGAAUACUAGUGUAACUUGAGUUAACUAAUCGAUAGUUAACGGACUAAAGUUAUCAUUAAAUAAUACUCUAUACACCAUGGAUUAAAGUGAAUUAAAUUAUUUGGGAUAAAAUAUAAGUCAUAACUAAGUAAAAAAGGGUAAGAAGAGGAGAACAUGGUUGCUAUCGAAAGAACUGACGGCGGAGAAAAUAAACAAGGGAAAACUUAGUGAAUCAAUAGCUAAAAUACUUAGUUUCUUCCCUUUCUAUAUAAUUUAUAUGUUAGUUGGAUGUCUAAUAUUGAUAACUUAAGGUUGAUUGUUGAAUUAUUGAAAAUGGAAAAAGGACAAAACUCAUUAAUGGGACGAACAGUAAGGUGGAAUGAAGGAAAAUAUGUACUUAUCAACAAUAGUCCCAGCAGAAAAUUUGAUUAGUUAUUUAAUUUCCUAAGAGCCUAUCCAUUAUUUUAUUGUUAUAAUUAAUUUAGUAUAGUGACAUUUAUAAUAAAGUAAGUGUGUCAGUGAUAAUUCUCAUGAUGCUUUUCAUCAAUCUGGAUGUUUUUAAUGAAAUUGGAGACAAGAAAAAAUGUAAUUAUUAUUAUAAUAUAUUGUAGAUCAAUUGGUCGUUUAUGGAACUGAAUUGUUAGUAGUUCAUAUAUAUAUUUUCAAUACAAUCUACACUACGGUUUCCAGUUAGAUUAAGUCACAAAAUUGUUGAGGUAUUAUUAUACAUUGUCAUUGGUUAUGGAUUAAGCAUAGGAUGUAAAUUGAGGUUCAGAAUAUAAUAUAAUUAUCUUUUAACAUAAAAGGUGUUGGAAUUAUUGUUUUUUCUUUGGAUAAAAUUUAGUAUUGAAUAUACUAGAUUACAUGAAUACAAUUAAAAUAGUGAUAUUGGAGAAGUUGAAGCUUAACCCUAGG